UCUUUCUCUCCCCCCUUCAAAACCCCCAACAACAGCAACAAACAAAGCACCCCUCUUCUCUCAAGAAAUCAAGAAAAUCAAGAACAUGGGGAGAUACAUGAGAAAAGCUAAAAUCACAAAUGACAUAGCUCUUGUAACAGACCUCUCUCAAUCCAAUAACAACACAUCUGUCCGUACAAGAGCAAAGACUCUAGCUUUACAACAGCAAGAAAAGCAAGCUGCGGCUGCUUCAAAUUGCUCACCUUGUGUUAAUUCGUCAGACCCAUCUUCAUAUCUGCAGCUGAGGAGCAGGAGGCUAGAAAGAUCCAAUUUUUUUGGUGCUGUGAAGUUGAAGAAGUGUGGUGCUGAAGAGAGCUUUAAGGGGCAGAAGACAGAGUGUUCUAACCCUAGAAUUAAGAAUGUCAAGGCGGGGUUGAUUAGCUGCUCUAGUGAUGAAAAGGGUUGUUUUGGUGAUGUGGGUGAGGGUUCUUUUGGGCAAAAUGACUGGGAGUUUCAAGGCAGAGAUGGCAGCACCAGAGAAAGCACUCCUUGUGACCUGAUAAGAGGAUCAGACACCAUUGGAACACCAGGUUCAAGUACGAGGCCUGCACGUCCAGUGGCAUCUAAUCAAAGGAGCUGGAACAUGAUGCAGCAAAUCCCGACCAGUCGUGAGAUGGAAGAGUUCUUCGCAUUUGCUCAACAGGAACAGCAGCGACUUUUCACUGAGAAGUACAACUUUGAUGUUGUGAAUGAUUUACCCUUGCCGGGACGCUAUGAAUGGGUGAGUGUGCACCCCUAAGCUCGAGCCAAACGAAUAACUGGGAAUCUGGGAUACAACUUUCAUAAGUUCUAACAUGUUCAGAAAAUCGUUGCUAAUAAGCUCAAGAACAUGGCGACGUAGCAGUAGGUCUUACAUUUGUCUCCCUCAUUUAGUUAGGUAGAAACAAGCUAAUGUCUAUUCAAAUCUGUGGCAUGUAGAAGCAGAUGUAUUACUAACCUUUAGAGAGCAGAUUUGAGUACUAGAAUGCAGUUUUAGGUUUUAAGAACUUCAGUGUUGUAACUUGAAAUGCUCAUUAAUCGAAGAUUUGAUUUUUCUCCA